UCCCAUGGAAGCAAGAAGCUCACGAGAUCUUUCGCAGCUCAAUCUUCUUGCCAUUGACGCCUUCAAUGACUUUAUGACACACUCAAGGCUCAUUAAAUGAUCAAAUUACAGUUUCUCUACCACCAAAAUGGAUGAUCUUAACGGUCUCGACUGGUCUGCCAACACCAGUGCAACCCCCAAAGCACCAGCUGGAACUGGAAAUUAUUAUCCUGCUCUACGACCUACCCCGCCACCUCAAAAUUCUGGCAGAAAUACACCAUUGUCUGCGCAAGGUUCAGGAGCCUUCAAACCUGCAUCAAAACCAUUUGUGCCCCCGAAAUCAUCCACUCCUGACAGCUUCUCGAACCUCGUCUCCUUUGGCUCUGCGAAACAAAAUACCUUGACUUUACAACAACAGCAAGAAAAGCUACAGGCCGAAAAGAGGAAACAGGAAGAGGAGAAGAGGAGGCAAUACCAAGCACAAUUUGGCAACAAUCAGUUCUGGGAUGGACUAGGAAGUAAGGGGCAUAGCCAGGCUGGGACACCGCCGGUCACCUCUCGAAGCACAACACCAGCACUGAAGCCCCUGCCGGUGAACUUUGCCAGAGCUUCGUCCCCAGCUGUCAAUAGCUCAAAUGGUGGAGAUGAAGACUUGUUUGCAGCUUUCAGUGCAGAUGCGCCAGUAGACAAAUCGAGCCACUAUCCUCCUCCUCCUUCAGCCCCAGCGAGCGGUAGAAAUACGCCUGGCUUUAUCGCGAGCAAGCCCAUGGAUUUGAGCAAACCACAAGCUUGGGAACAAUCAGGGACACUUGGAGCGGAAUUAGGAGACGACGAUGAUCCAUUCGGACUUGGACAGAUGAAGCCGCAGAGCUCUGCGCCAGGACCGGUUACGAACUUGGCAGAUGAUGAUGACUUUCUGGGAGAUCUAGCCAAGCCAGUGGAAGAAGUGAGGAGGGCAAGUCCGCCGAAGAAAGAAGUUGCGCCAACGCCAGACUCGGAUGGCGAGUCAGACGACCCGUGGGAUAAAGCAGUAGCUGAGCUUGUGGAUAUGGGAUUCUCAGCAGAACAAUCACGACAAGCUUUAACGGAAAGUGGGUCAGGUCUUGAUAUUCAAGCUGCUGUUGGAUGGAUACUGAACGACGCGCAUCGACAAGCCAAAGAGAAACAAAGAGGUGGUGCAGGGAGUCGGAAAAAUGGCCAUCCAUUGAAUGGAGAGAGGAGAGAUGACUCUAGAGAGACUGCUCGGCGAGAACAACAUCCUUCGUGGAUGCGAGAAGAGGGCAGGGAUGGGUCACGGACCGGACGAGAAGACAAUCGAUCACCAAAUGGAGAGGCAGAUUUCUCAAAACAGGCUGCCGCUGUAGGCACAAACUUCCUAAAGACGGCCAACUCAUUGUGGAAGACAUCGCAGAAGAAAGUACAAAAAGCAGUUGCAGAAUUUCAGCAAGAAUCUGAUCCAAACCAACCAAAAUGGAUGCGAGAAGCAGCUGAACGAGAGCAAGCAGAACGGAGAGCCGAAGGUCGAGGAAAGCGUCCCGAAGCUAUCGUCCCAGAUGUCACAGAUGAAGCUCUUAUGUUGGAAGGUGGCGGUAGACCACAACGCAAGGCAAAAGUCCCAACCCCUGAAACGAGACAACAGCCCCCUCGCUUCGAUUCAUCACAUGACCGACCCCCAACAAUGCCGAGACCACCGCCUGAGAGAGGUUCUCAAGCACCACGAUGGCAGCAGAGUGCCAGUGCCCCACCUGAUCCAAGAGCACGCAUAAGCAAGCAAGCUAUCGAAGAACAGUCAGCGCAAGCAUACAUCAGUCCUGCCAGACGGAAGAAAGCCACUCCACAACCAGCGCCACAACCAGAAGUUGACCUCUUCUCUUCGCCCGCACCUGCAAAACCCCCUCAACCACCACGGAUAUCCCAGCGGCCAUCCCCUCCGCUUUCCAAACCUGCAACACCUAUUCCUACAAGACCAAAAGCGCCAAAACGACAAGUCCCUUCAGUUUCUCCUACAGCAUUAGCAAACUCAAAUCAACAUCGCUUAGCCGGAACAGCACAUUUCAAGCGUGGAGACUACGCAGCUGCUCAUCAAUCAUACUCUUCCUCGCUCUCCGCAUUGCCUACCAGCCAUCCCAUCACAAUCAUUCUGCUUUGCAAUCGUGCUCUCACAGGCCUAAAAACUGGAGAACCCAAAUCCGCUGUUUCAGAUGCCGAUACAGCCUUGGCAAUCAUAGGAAUUUCCAGAGGUGAUGGCGAGAACAUCGACCUUGGUCCGGGUGAAGGUGCUGGAAGCAAAGACAUGAAAGAAUUUUAUGGCAAAGCGUUGAUGAGAAAGGCCGAGGCAUUAGAGCAAAUGGAGAGAUGGAAAGACGCUGGUGAAGUCUGGAAGAUGUGCGUUGAGCAUGGCGUUGGAGCCAGCACUGCCAUUCAAGGUAGGACCCGAUGUGAGAAAGCUCUUGCUCCUAAACCACCACCGUCAAGAACUGCCACACCAAAAGUUGUGCCAAGACCAAUGCCUUCUUCUGCUCUUUCAGAUCUCGGUCCGAGCGCAGGAGAAGACUCAGCUGCAGUCAAGAGAUUGAGGGAGGCGAACCAAGCAGCCGAGAAAGCAGACGACGAGAAAUUCGCAUUGAGCGACAAAGUCGAAGCCAAGAUCGGCCAAUGGCGAGACGGCAAGAGAGACAAUCUACGAGCACUGAUUGGCAGCUUAGAUAGUGUAAUGUGGGAAGGUGCUGGAUGGAAGAAGGUCGGCAUGCAUGAGUUGGUGCAGAAUAAUAAGGUCAAGAUUAAUUACAUGAAGGCGAUUGGGAAGACGCAUCCGGAUAAGUUGCCGCAAGAUGCCAGUACGGAGGUAAAGAUGAUCGCUGCACUUGUGUUUGCGACGUUGAAUGAGUCGUGGGAUAAGUUCAAGCAGCAAAAUGGCAUGUAGAUGAUACCAAUGUUACGACUUAUCAGGCUUAGAAGGAAAGAGCCUUGC